CUAGCUCAAGGCCGGCAACGCCAUCGAGAGGGCUGAGUGAGAUCAAGGUAUCGCAAGCGCAGUCUGUUCAAGAGACGCCGACAAGGGCACCCAAGGCUGCUGCGCAGGUGGCUAUCCCAGGGACUGGGCUCAAAAGUUCACAUGAGGCAGUGAUGCCUUCUUCGUCAAAGGCACCAGCUCCUGAACCUAAUAAAAUAGCAAGUCCCGAAACACCAAUCAUGCCGGACCAAGCUCCAAAGGCAGUACCAGAGCCCUCUGGUUCGAAGCAGGAGCCGGCCAAACCUGCGGAGAUGCGGAAGAGUUCAGCGCCAACAGCUAUGCAGCCAGCAUCUAAGGGCAUGGCUACUGUGCAGGCAAGUGAUGCAAAUGCUGCACCAGUAACGCCGACCAAGUCGGAUGCGAAGAAGGAUGAGGGAAGCAAACGAAAGCACCCAGGCAAGCUUGAUAUUACAGCCGCCGUCAAUCAGACACAAGACGAGCCCUCUGCUGUGGUGGCCAGCUCCUCAAAGGAAAUUCCGACCGACGUAAGCACGCCGAGCAAACCGCAAGUGCCUAUGUCGAGGACGCCGUCUAUCGCAUCGAAGCCGGAAAGUCCUGGCGUCUCGUCUCCCGCUAUUAAAAGCGCACCGCGAACAUUAAGAGUUGUUCAGACUCCCAAGGCCGAGACGCCACCACCACAGCCGUUCUCAACGCCUGCUCUGCCCACGCCAGGAAGCGGCAUCAAGUUGCCGUCACGUCAGCCGAGUGUCGCUUCGAUAAAUCCACCAGGGACACCCUCGAGCGAGCAGAUCUCGAUAUCUGACAACAUCUCCAUGACGGACACAUCGCUCUCUCGAGCAAACUCCCCGCCGCCAGGCGCUACGUCUUCGCUAACGACCGGCAUGGUAGGCUCAGCGCCUGUGCGCACAAAGACGAAGAAUCAGCUCAAGAAGGAGAGGCAGGAGCGAGCAAAAGCCAUAGAAGAGGAGAAAGCCAAGCAAGACGACACUGUCAAGCCUCCUAUGCCGGAAGAGUUAACACAUCAGGAGGCGAUCAUCAGCCGCAAGAAAAAGGCAAAGAAGGAGAAGGAGCCGAAGGCCAGACCAACGAAAGUUAGAGAGAUCACGGAAAUGGCGGAGACCACACCGACAGCGAGUCGCCCUGUGAGUCCUGGUCAGAAAGCAGCAGUGCAAGAAGAGAGCCAGGUGCCGAAGGUUGAACGCGUUGCAACCCCAGUCAAGGCGCCGAUGCCGGCUCCACCUCCACCUAUACCCGCUCCACAUGAGCCCUCUCCGCCACCGACACCGACUUUGACUGCUGCGAGCUUGCUCGCUGAGCUCAAAGCGCAGGCGCCGGAGAUCCAGAAGUGCAUUGACAGCCUGUUUCGCACGCCGACAAGCGCCCAUUUCAAGGCCAAUCAGAACAUUUCGUCUAAAGAUCUACACAACCCCGCCUUCUGGAAGUCGGACUGGAAGAUCAAUCUUACGAAAGAUGAAGUGGAGGCGCUGCUCAGGGGUACAGUGCCUGCUGUGCAUUACGGUGGGCAGGACGGGCGCGUUUGGGACCGAGGCAUGGUGACUCCGUCGGGUGCACACCUUCGGGCGUUGACCGAGGAGCUGGAAGCGAGGUUCCUGGACUUGGAGAAGGCACUUCGCGAGAUGCCGGAAGACCUCCGCUUCCAUCCCAGCAAACCCCAAAAUGAGAUCAAAUUUCCGAACAUCGACCUGGAGGCGCUGAAACGCAGUUUCGACAAUGCAUCGACGCGUGGUCCAAGCGUGAUGGAGCAGAUGGUUCAGGAUGGCGUGCCGCUUAAGAAGGGCGCAUUUUUGGUGGAUGAGGCGAGCAAGUACAUUAACGAGUUCGUUAUGCCGCCAGCGACGCCGCCCCCUUCGGCUGCAGGUGCGAGGAGUGGCCAGCAGACUCAGGCGGGCACCGUGGCUCCGGUCAACCCUGAGCAGCAGAUCGUACAGCACAGUCUGGAGAUUGUAGAGCGGCAGUUGCUGGAGGCGAAGCGCAUAGCUGAGGAGAAUGAAGGGAGGCUCAAGAAGCUGAUCAAGAAGAAUAAGCGGCUGCUGGGUCUUGGUUGAAGGAGGUUAUAAGAUGCGUUCACCGUGAUGGCUCAAGGCCUCCAUCGCUGGGAAGCAAAGUUACGAUGGUAUAGCGCCGUCGCCACAGCGCGGAAAGAAGCUAUUGCUCGGAAAGUCCGUGAAUGACAUUCGGCGGUUAAUUGCCCUCUGCUACGCGUCGUUUGACCCAGCGACAAGCGAACGGUGACACUAGAGAUUCGAAGUUCUCAAGUUCCCAAUACGACAGUGAUACAGACAAGUCCACAAUGGCCCAACAACAGCCUGUUGAUGACAGCAUG